GAAACUGGGCAUAAAAGCGCGGGGCGGCCAUACUGUAAUUCUUAUCCCUCCCCUCAUUAUUCGCCAAACAAACGUUCCAAAACCAAUUGGAAAUACGACAUAAAUAAAGCCUGCGCUCCACCUGGCGGAAGCGAAAUAAUGAGAGUUUAUGUUAACAUAAAACGCGCAGAAUUCCUCCCCAGUGCCCCAACGGAGACGGAGUGCGAUCAAUAAUAUAACGAGUAAAAGAGAGACUUUGAAAAAUGGGUAAAUGAACUGAUAAUAUUCGGAACGAUUCAUGAUAAUUUCUGGUGAUUGACGGCAUCAUGCUGCCUGGAGACCACGACCGACUUCAGACAGAGCCUGAAAACUAUGUGAAAAACUUUUACGAGUUAUUCAAAAGCAUCGCCGAGGCACAGAGGUUGAGAAAUGAUUGGAAAAAAUGUAAAAAGGUGCGGUUAAACAAGAAGAGAGACAAGAAAAAAGUGGACAUUAGUGCGGAUUUGAGUUACACAAGUCCUCCAGAGAUUGAGGUAUCGAGUAAUGCAUCGGCAUUCGCUGUUUUCUCGAGUGUCAGGAAUACAGUGCUCGAUAAAAAUGGUAGAAUUACCGGUGAAACAAUUAGAGCUUCCAAUUGCAAUUCUCCCCAGCCAUUGGAGCUCAGUGAUACCAUUGAAAGUGAUAGCGAUGAUGAGGACAGGAUAUCAUCGACUCAGAGUUUACCAAAGAUUGUGGGCAUUGGGUUGAGAAGUGUUUUCAUGCUAGUGAGAGAGAGUAGAAAUAUCGAGCCAAUUCUCUGUGCUAAAGCACUCGGUGCUCUGCUGGAUGUACUCCAGGGACAACUUCCAGAAGGUCUAAAGUGUGAACCAGAGGAUGUGGUCGAUCCCCUCUUCGACCUGCUGCUGGAUCUUGCUACGUCCCAUGGUCCAGAGUCAACAGUUGCCAACGAUGGAACACAUCUGACAGCAGUGGCAUGUGCCUGUCUUGUGAGUCUUGUUGUGGUUAGAGGUGAUACUGGAAGGCUUUUGGCUGCCAUUGCUGCUCUCCUCAUGUGUCCAAAGGCAUUAGCCAUUCAGAAUAUUCAAAUGCCAUGUGUUCUGACAUCUCUUCAGAGGAGUGUCGAGGCUGUUUUAUUAGGAAAACUAACGAGACCCGAUUGGAUAACCUGUGGUGUUCCAAAGACCUCGAGAAUUUACACAUUCAAGGUUACUUUACCCAGUGAUAUGGGUAAUGUUACGUUGAAUGGGAGGAGUUUUGUCAGUGAUGGAAAGUACCUGUAUCUCCACACCAAUUGUGGAUUAUUGAAAAUUGGUAGUGGAUAUGGUGGUACUGUUGGUGGGCAGCUGUAUGGGCACAAACCUGAUUUUUAUCCCAGUGAAAUUGGAUGGCUGGGGUAUGCCAAUAAUUCUCUGUACUUCAAGUGCUCACCGAGAAAGCAGUGUGAAUUAUUGGAGCUGGAUGUUGAGACUCUGGCAGUGAGAGGUAUUGCUGUUCUCGAAGGUCGUGACUGGCCCUCAUCAGUCAUGUUCUCUGAUGGUGAACAUCUUGGAAUGAUAACAGCUGGCAAGGACGAGGGUUUUGUUGUGCGUACGAUAAAUACAUUGAGUAAUCCAGUGACAGUGACAUCAGAAUUACCUCUUAAACUAGCAAGAAAGUGCGUCGAUGUUUUUGGUUGGGCGACAUUCGACGAGGAGCAAUCAGUUCACACAUUAAAUUCAACGUGUGAUGAUGAAAUAGUCAUGGUAACAGCUGGAAAAGAAUUCAGUCUACUGAAAACAGCCUCAGGUAAACUAUUGUACACUGGAAGAGGCAAUGCCCUCGGAAUGAAGAGCAAUACGAGGCCAAAUCGUUGGCUAGAUUUUCCCCUGGGAAAGAGUUCACGUGUCAUUAAUAUAGCAGCUGGUCAUGAUGGACAGCAUGUUAUCCUAGUCAUUGAGGAUGGAACUGUUUUGUUCGCUGGAACAGCAAGACGUGGUGAGGAUGGUGAUAAUUCGAAAGUACGACGAGCUUUGAAGCCAGUUAAACCAAAGAAAAUGCUCAAAGCUGAGGGGCAUUGCAUCGUUGAUGCUGCCUGCAACAAUGGAUCAACAGCUCUGGUCACUAAAGAGGGCUCGUUACUCAUGUUUGGUAAAGAUACACUGCACAGCGAUCCCACGACUGGUAUUGUUACCGAUCUCAAGGAGGUAUUCGUACAAAAAGUCGCCCUUGGCAAGGCACACGCUGCUGUACUCACCAAUAAGGGACACCUCUGGACAUUUGGAAUAAAUAAUAAAGGACAAUGUGGGAGGGAGUUUACGGUGUCUCGGAGUAUAAUGAAUAAAGAGGUGACUGUUGUUGCUAUGGAGACUGGCACUGGUGAGGAUGAAAUAAUUGUCGCUGAGGAUGAUGGUGGUGAACAGGUUGAAGAGUGGGAGGAGGCACGAGGUAUGUGUCCACCUGGUCAGCAUCAGUGGAGGCACAGGGCUUGCAUGGUCUGCACUAUUUGUCGAGAAUGCACUGGUUUUGGUAUAUCAUGCCUCAGUAGUAUUCUACCGAAUCGUAAUCCAAAGAGGCCUGGACAGGAAUGUGGCUGUGGCGUAGGGGAUAGCGGCUGUGCUGAAUGCGGUUGUUGUAGAAUCUGUGCCAGGGAAAAUUGUGACAAUGGCGGUGAUAUGGCUGUUUUUGGACCAUCCGGUGCUGGAGAUAUAGGCAUGAUGAGAUUGCACAUAUUAUUUGAAGGAAAGUCUGGGUCUAAUCUCAAGGAUUACUUGAAGAGACGACUCGAGGAGAGAAAGCAACGCCAGAGAAUGAAGGCUGGACCAAGUACUGUUAAAUGGUGCAUGAAGAUGAAGGGAUCCAAUAAUCAGAGAUCAGUUGGUUCAAGUGUUGGUGCAGCUGGUAAAGCGGCUCCUGGUAAAGUGCCUUUAAGUAGUCUCCUCGGAGAGGAGGCAGUUGGAGGGAGUGAUGCUGAACGAGGUGAUGCCACGAGAAUAGCCAGUAUACCACCAGCGAGAGUACCGAUUCCAAGUGAUAGUGCAAUUGUUCAAGUGACGUGUGGACUUCAUCACACCGUUGUCCUUCUGCAGAAUGGCCAGGUGUGGAGUUUUGGUAACAAUAUGUAUGGGCAGCUCGGUGUUGGGGAUUUAGUGGCUCACGCUGGGCCAGUGCAGGUUAAAAUACCAACAGCAGCAACUCAGGUAGUCGCUGGGAGUAAUCACACUGUUGUACUCACCUCGAGAGGUGAAGUUUACACAUUUGGUGCUUAUCAAAAAGGCCAAUUGGGUAUGAAUUGGUGGAGUGGACAAAAUGGUGAAUCAAAUUCAGUGUCGCAUAGAUCAGAUAGAUCACAGCCCUGGCACAGCUUUCCAAAUGUUGUCCCGAAUAUUGGCCCAAGAUGGGGAAGACGUGCUACUUGGAUCGGUGCAGCUGGUGAUCAAACUUACGUCAAAGUCGAUGAGAUUAAUUCAAUCAGUCUCAACAAGAGCACAGUAUUAGCGAAUAAGAGCUGUAUUUUACUGAUUCCCCAUCAACACGAGCACUCAAAUACCUUCAAGUGUUUGGUGAUCAAUAAACGCGAUGGCAGCUGCAACAGCUUCACUGGAAAUGAUCAAGUGGAUUUCAAUGAGUGCGCAGUGUGUUUAGAUUCUCUCUACAAUGUCAUCUGGAGUUUCAAUAAUUCCACGAGUGAAUUGAGUCCCCAUAAUGUCAUAUCGACCGAAGCCAGGAGAAUUCCAAGUCUUGAUGCAUCUAUUUUGAGUCCAGGCCUCUCUCUUCCAGUGAUUCCUAUGUGCUUUGUCAGCAGAACACAAGCUGCUAUGCACCUCUUGGGAUGCCUUGACACCCUCACUCAGGCACAGGACGAAAGACUAAUGGUGAUCGAAGAGAACGAGACAAAUCAGUCGAAUCAGGACAAAGUUUACAGCCGUGAGGAUUACGUGACAGUAUCGAGAUUUGAAAAUCAUGGAGGUGGAUGGGGAUACUCUGGUCAUUCCAUCGAGGCUAUCAGAUUCAUGGCUGAUACCGAUAUAUUGCUGGGGGGUUAUGGACUUUUUGGUGGUCGUGGUGAAUACACAGCCAAGAUACGAUUAUUUGAUAUUGGUAUUGACGGUGGUGAUCAAGAAAAUGAUGGUGAAUUACUCGGUGAAACUGAAGAGAUACCUUACGAGUGCGAGCCACGGCAGAAGUAUUCAAUAUUAUUUGAAGAACCUGUGCAAUUACAGGCCAAUAGGUGGUACGUUGCUUGGGCAAGAGUCAGUGGACCAUCGAGUGAUUGUGGCUCUGGUGGACAGGCUAUGGUCACUGCUGAGGAUCAAGUGAUGUUUUACUUCAAAUCAUCGAAAAAAUCGAAUAAUGGAACUGACGUUAAUGCCGGACAAAUACCCCAAUUGCUGUAUCGUGUUAUCACACCCGAGAAUCAAUCACCAAAUCGACCCAGGGACCAAACAGAACCUGUCUAUAUUCUCAGAAGAGAAUUCAGCAGAAUGGUAACCAAGGACUGCUUUCAAUCACUCAUUUCACUUUUACAAUGGAGCUGGAAUACUCUCAAGGCCAAUCUCUCGGAUACAGUCCACCGAGUAACUAGUCAUCAUUCUGUCCUGGAGAUGGAUCAUCUCGUGUACAUCAGUGAGGCAAGUCUUAGAUUAUUAAGAACUUAUACUAACGAAAUUUAUCCAAUUCAACCGAUGAAAAAAACACCACCGGAAUCAGUCAGAUUGGCUGAGUCAAUUGGUGAAGUUCGUGCGUUACUCCGUCAAAUUUUGUCUGAUCCGGUGCCAACGAAUUCAUUGAAAUCAUCAUCCAAGGGGAAGACUAUUAAGAAAAAUGAUAACAAAAAUGAUAACGGGUGUAGAAUGAUUGAGUUGAUACUCGACGAGUGUCACAAGACAUUUGUUGCUUGCUAUCAUGCAUUUUAUCCGACUGCCUAUUUAAAGUGGACAUCACUUUGCGAGCUUUUGUCAGACAUCGAUAAGGAUCAGGGUACAACGAGUAAGGAUCGCUUGCUAUCAGCAGUGCUUGCGUCACUUUGCAACUCCAUGGUACGUCUCAGAUCUACAUUUCCCAUUUUAAAUAAUGUCAUGGAUAGCAGCGAUGGCAUAAAAAGACAAUUGAGUCCAUCAGAUAAUGCCGGAUUACCAAUGAUGAACUCCACUGAAACCCACAAUUAUCCAAUUCUCGUUGAGCAGAUGAGUUACAAAUCGCAGAUUGAAUCAACUGGUCGUGAAAUAUUCAACUGGUCAUUUCGUCAAGUUCUUGAUCGACUACUCGAUUUAAUUCUCAUACCAGUUAAAAAAUCACUCCUCCGUGAAAAAUGCCAUUCACUGGCUAAUCUAGGAUUGCACUGUUGCUAUUUAUUGGCACGUGUUAUCGCGGAAUUGGCAGCCCAAUCUAGUGGUAAUGAGGACGAAAUUCAAGCGGCUUGUGGAAGAUUUAUGUACACGACACCAUCGAGAUUUACAAGGACAAAUCAAUUGAGAACUUGGAACACAGGUAAUGGAUCCCCUGAUGCCAUAUGUUUCUCCGUUGAUAGACCUGGAAUAGUCAUCGGUGGAAUCGGUAUUUAUGGUGGUGUUGGUGUUUACAAUUACGAGUUGGAACUGUUGGAUGAUUUGAACAACACUGGAAAUGAGCCGUCUCACACCCAGAGAUGGAGCAGUUUGGAUUUUACACGCGGUGCAUUUGGACCCGAUGACUGCAUCAAUGAUAUCGUUGAACUCAAGUUCAGCAAGCCAGUGCCAAUAAAGGAGAGCGUUAAGUACGCGAUAAGAUUGAGAAAUCAUGGUGGACGUACGAGCAAUGGUGAUUGUGGAUUGAGUAUUGUGAGAGGACCAGAUGGUACUAAUUUUACAUUUUCCGUUUGCUCUCUGAGUUUUAACGGCACGACACAAGCGAGAGGUCAAAUUCCUCACAUAUUGUAUUAUGCUAAUCCUCAAGAUUGUGAGAGCCCACAGACUAGCAAAGCCAUUGGUGAAAUGCAAGCGAGAAAAUGCACACUGUCAAUGACAACGACGAUUAUUCAUCGUGCCAAUGAAAUUUUAUCACUGGCUAGAGAUCGCGCUGAGGACAUGACAACAGCUCAAAUUCUUGGUAAUGCUACUUUUGUCACGACACUUCUACCUCUGGUUAUGGCACACAUAAGUCCUCUAGCAACAUCAGAUCCACGAAGUGGUGUUCAACUUUUGACGUUGAUUCAGGAGAUGCUGCCGCACGUUGCUGGAUUGAAUUUGCUUAAUGCCAUGGGUGGAUCGCAGGUGUCACAGGACAUUCAGGAUACACCGAAUAGCAAUCACAAUAAUUCAAUUCCUGUAACUACUAGUCAUCAUUAUACAUGGAUCGAGAGCGAGCAUCCAUACAAACCGGCUAGUGUUUCAUCGUACAAAGUUGCAUUUCCCAGUACUGUUAAAUGGAUAACUCUCGAAUUUACACCAGAGUGUGGUACAUGUCAACCCGAGGACUACCUACAGCUUUACAUUCCUAAUAUAACCACUUGCCGUACACCAGAUAAGGAAGAUGAUACAUUUAAUAUACCAGUUUUACAUAAAAUGAGUAAUAUUCCAAGUCAGUGGCCUCAGACUGCUGUAGUACUUCCAGGAAAUGAAGUGAUUUUCUCACUGGAAACAGCAUCGGAUUAUAUGAAAGAUGAUAUAGCGGUCACAUAUGGAUUCAAGUGUCUCGUUGUUGGAUACGACUGGCUAUCCGCUGGAAAUGGCAUGAAAAAUUUGGAAAUCGAGCUUGCCUUUCUCGGUGGUGCAUGUGCUGCUAGUCUUAUGAAAAAAAAUCUCACUCUUCCCACGAUAUCCAUUGAGGAGAUCGAGGAGAAUUUGAAAAUAGCUCAGGACACCGCCAGUAGAAUAUUCUCCAUGCAUUCGUCACUCCUGGGGCGGGGAUUUGCGCUCUCGUCGUCGCUGUCAAUCUCUCAAGCACUCGAUGGAGUUUUGCCGUUUAGUUGCCACUCAAACGAGAGACUUUUCUUGAGGGAUUUUGUGUGUUGCUCGGCGGGUACGAGUGGCAGUAGACUCGCCAGGUGGUUACAGCCAGACAGCUAUGUUGAUCCUGGUAAAUGUGAAGCUCUGUACGCACGAGAGGAUAUGAAAUGUGGUUGGCCAGCAAUAAUCACGGUUCUCACACGAGAUCAGUACGGAGAGAUUGUUCACGUACCAGGAUUGAAGGUUGAGGUGAAAGCAGUGCCAACUGAUAAGAAAGACAUAUCAGAGGCAGAUCAGGGGCGUAAAAUUCGUCGUGUGUCACAGCCAGAUCCAAUGACAUUCGGUGGACAUCCACAACCCGUCCUGGAUGUACCCUACGAAGUGACAGUCAACAAUAAGAUGUGUUUCUUCGCUAUAACCAUAAUGAAAGCCUAUCAGAAUUAUUCAUUCGAGGAAUUACGAUUCACAUCGCCAGCUGUCAAGAGAUCCAGCGAGAGUAUGCUAGUAAGACCGAAUGGUGAUGGGAGUUACAGUGCAACCUGGACCCCAGCUUCCGUCGGCUGGUACUCGUUGAUGAUGACGAUCGAUGGGUACAACAUGGAGGACAAUUACAAGGUCGAGGUGAAGGAGCCUCCACAGGGUAUGCACCCACCGAGUCAGAAUAUCGUUAAAAAACCACAGCAUCAGCCCAAUCGUCUCCGAAAAUUCGUUGGUAAAAACAGCGCUGGUCUGAGAAUUCGUGCUCAUCCAUCCUUGCAGAGUGAACAAAUUGGUAUUGUUCCGAUCAAUGGUACUAUCACUUUCGUCGAGGAGAUUCAUAAUGACGACGGUGUUUGGUUGAGACUUAAUUCACCGACGAUCAAGGAAUACUGUAAUAACAGUCACGCUGAGGCUUGGUGUCUUGGUUACAAUCAGCAUCUGGGGAAGACUCUGUUGUUGCCCGUGGAGGAGCCAAAGUCAAUCGUACAUAAUGUAAUUAAGGAGUCGAUCCUGAGAAAACGAUCGGAGAUUAGUGAGCGGUGGGAGAGAAAGGGCGAUGAAUCUGUGACUGAGGGAAAACGAACUAUGAUUGUCGUGACUUCUGGGGCAUCUGGACAUAAUAUCAGGAGUAGACCGAGUUUGAAGGCAGCGCCUGUUGGUAUGCUCACCCUUGGGGACUCUGUUAAUGUUCAGGAGUACUGGAUGAAUGGUGAUGGCACUUGGGUCAGGAUUGAUGACGAGUCCGCCUCCAAGUACUGCUUUAAUGAGGGAGAGGCAUGGUCCUUGGCUGUUAAUAAACAUGGAAUGGUGCACAUGAAGAUAGUCAAUACGAAAGACGAAUUAGAUUCUGAUGUUAAUGGAAUUCAAGGGUCCAAAGAUCUCCCUGCGGGAUCGCCGCUAACGAAGGGCUUUGAUUUUUCAACUCCAUCGGGGAGUAAUGAGGGAUUGUUCAAUUUCACAUGUCAAAAUGCUUUUGCCUCUGGUACUGGCGCUGGCACUGGCCCUGGCCCUGGCACUGGCACUGGCACUGGCAGUGGAACCGGCACUGGAACUGGAACUGGAACUGGAGCUGGAAUUGGAGGUGCAAUUGGAACUGGUGGAGAGACAAAUCCAUUCGUUUUUGGUUCGUCCAGUCAUCAGAGCUCACCAGCCAGUGACAAAGGCACUGGCGACAAGAAUCAAGUCUCUUCGAAAUUCCUGAAAUCCCAGUGCAAGGAUAAAAACGGAAAGGAAAGGGAGCGAGAGGGCGGUGGUAAAUUCAGUGUCUUACAGAAAUGGUUGAGGGGAGAUGAUAAAGAGAAGAAAAAUUCAUCCGGCCGAGAUUUUUCGGAAUUAGUCGGAGUGUCGGUGAAGGAAUUAGUGAAAGCGAUGGGUGAGAGCAGAGCAAAUGGAAAUGGUGCGACACCACCUGAGACACCACGAAAAACAUCAAGGAGUUCAUCACCGAAGAAUCCUCAGGGAUCCCCCAGGUUCCUCAGCAGAUCAUCCAGUCCUGUACCGAUACCUGGUGGGAGAAAUUUGAUAGGAGGGGGGGAUAGUGGUGGAAGCAGUCCCCAGCACUACGGCUCCCCCCGAAGUAUUGGCUUUUCGCCACUAGUAUCAGGAAUGGUGGAUAGCAUGACGUCCCCACGUCGUGGCUCAACUCAAAGUGACACAAGUGCCUUAGUAAGUAGUCUCACAAGAGAUCCAUCCCAAUCACCCAGUGGUAUCAGCAGUACAGCAAAUACUCGUGACUUGUCGCCAAGUCCCAGUGGGAGUUCGCUGCACAUGCGAUCCGAAGGGAGCAUUGCCAGUCCUCCGGAUACACCCAAAAAGGAGCGAAUAGAUAGCCAGGAGACGAGAAAGAUGUCUCAGGCGCAGACCCAAACGAGUCCAGAUUCACCAGCGACAGCGAUGAGGGGUCACUUCAGCAUAGGAACAUCGGGAACGAAGGAGGAGAGACAUUCACCAAAAGUAACUCGAAGGGAUCAUGGCAAGGGUGGAGUUAAAAUUCGUGCUAAACGUGCCAUAUCUCCAGGUAGUAACGCCCAAUCGCCAAAUCCAGUCCGAUCAUUGCCUCUGAGUAGAGAAAAAGUCAAGGAAGCCAUCAGUCCAUCAGUUGCUGAGUGUCUGCGUGCGGUAUUUGCUGCAUUCCUUUGGCACGAGGGAAUCGUUCACGAUGCAAUGGCAUGCGCGAGUUUUCUCAAAUUUCAUCCAACACUUCCGAAAAAUGGCGCUCUCGUUGUCACACGACAGCCAGUGGUUCAGGCGAAUGAUAAAAAAAAAGAGGAACUCACCAGGGAGCAACGAGCACGUCAGAGGCACUCGGUGGAAGUGACAAAUGCUGGAAGCUAUUUGCACAUUCAACCAAGCACUCUCGAGACAUUGACGAGAUCAGCGGCAGGUGCCAAUGCCAAUCGUAAUCGAAAAAAACAGGAUACAUCCUCGAUAAAGGAGGAAAUAUCCGAUAAAUUAAUAGCAUUACCUGAGUGUCACACCGUGGCUAUACUUCCACCCGCCUUGAAGAGUCUCGUUUUUCUGUGGGAGGAACUCAGUACUAAUUGUCUUCAAGUUAUUGAUCAGCAGACGAUUUUACCCAGUCCCGUAUCACAAUUAAUUAAAACUCCUAAACGGAGUUAUGAUAAAAAUGAAAAGGAUGAGAAGUUGAAGGAGAAGGAGAGGGAGAAGGAGAAGGAGAAGGAGAAGGAGAAAAAAUUGCAUAGAAAGAAAAAAGAUUGGGGCAAGCUAAUGGGAAAAAUCAGCCCUUUGGAGGGGACAGGGGAGUUAGAGACGACCUGUGAAUUGUGUGGACUCAUGUUUCCUCAUCCAGUUACUUAUCACAUGAAGACAAUGCAUCCAGGAUGUGGCUGGCAUUCUGGUGGUAUGGGAUACAACAAUGUCGGUAACUACUGUUCAGGAUGGGCAGGAAAUUGCGGUGACAGUGAUUUCGGUGGCACUUGUUGGUACCUAAUAUGCGAUUCUUGUCGUGAUAAUUACCUGAAGGCGCGUAAAAAUAAGAGUGGAAAAAAAUUAAUUGGUAGUGUUACGAGGAAGAGAGGUAAGAGUCUGUUGUCACCAAUGGCCAGUCCCGGUGGAAACGAGAGUCACAUAGUUAUGAAGAAUAAUGCAAUAUUUUUAUUAGACCUGUCAAGUGCCUCGGGUGUCAAUAUACCAAAGCAACAGAGGAGACCCUCUCAGACUUUGUCAUCAGUUGCUGAAAAUUAUAGUCCUCCGGAGGCUGGGCCGUUUCCACCGACUGGCCCAUUUCAGUGCCUCCAAGCCUUGGGUGUUCAUCACUCACUGAGUCAUGAGGACAAAUAUUACGAGGAAACGCUCAGACAUUGUCACAAUGGACAGUCAAAUAAUUAUGAAGGGAACAAUAGUUUUGUAACUAUAACGGGAAGGCCUUUAUCUGAAUGCCCAAUGAGUGACAGUGACUCGGAGAGUGGAAAGACUCGUGGUGUUUUUCAUCGGUCAGUGUCAAUGUCCACUGGUGCACCCUGGUCAAGAAAUAGUAACGAUGGAAGAGUCGUGAUGAUGAGAAAGCGCAACAACAGCAGCAGUGAAAUGAAUAAUGAAGCUGGCUCGUCAUUGCUCUGCUAUCCAUCAGCAGCACUUCAAAAAUUAGUCCCAUCGAUGGAUCAAUCAGCGAUAGUAUCGAGUCAAAAUGAUGUACCAACGACCGAUAGAGUAGACAUCCUCAUGAGGCCAGUCCUGCUAUUUGUCCUGCAGCAGCACAAUCUUCAACACGUACAAUUGGCUAUGAAGCAGGCAUUACGAAGAGCUGCGUGCAGAGUGUACGCUAUGCAGGCCUUCAACUGGUUAUUGCGAAGUGUAACACAACCAAUUUGCUUGCACGAUCUUCUCUGGUGGUUCGUAGCGUCUCUGACACCUGCCCAAGAGCCCCAGGAUACACCCGAUGACGAGAGUAAAACGGAAAUCGAGAAGAAGGACGAUCAGGACAUGUCUGGAAUAUGUGAGCAUCCUUUGAGUGAUUUGGUAAUCGCUGGAGAGGCAGCUAAUCCACUGCGAGUUGCAUUUCACACUCUUCUCCAGACAAUCGCUGAUCUCAUGCUCUUGCCAGCACCUGGAUCUCCACUUCAGCAAGCAGCUGUACGAUGCUGGGGAAUAAAAUUCACACCGGCGGAUCAUGUGUUUCUUCAUCGCAGUCACGUAUUCAGUAACAUCAGCAAGAUCUUAUCCCGAUCUGAAGAGGAGGAAGACGUUACCAUGAGUAUGCACGAGAGUCACCACUCGAAUUAUUCACAACAAAUAACUUCAGUUGUUGAGGCACUCAGAGAUUUAACUAGUGGAGUUGAGAUUAAAGCGUCGAGUCGUCAGCCAAUGAUUGGACAUCUCACUGAUAAUUCUACGGAGACGUUCUGGGAAUCGGGAGACGAGGACCGAAAUAAAACGAAAAUCAUCAAUAUCAUUUGCUCAGCCCAUACAUUUCCAAGGAUUGUUUACAUUCACAUCGACAAUUGUCGGGAUUUAACGCACAAAGUAUCCACGGUUACUUUUCAAUCUGGCUUGAAUCUCGAUGAAAUGGUGAAAUUACGGUCUGUGGAGAUUGAAAGUAGAUCGGCCGGAUGGAUAAAUUGUCCCAUAACAAACGCAAGGCACAACAUAAUCGGAUUAGAGUUCAAAGGACCCGACAAUUCCUUGAGAAUCCGUCAAAUUCGAGUCCUGGGGGAGAUCGAUGGGGAAUCACUGAGAGUUGGCAGGCAAUUGAGCUCCAGUACAAUUCAACAACGGAAUUGCGAGGCCGAGACUCUCAAGGUAUUUCGACUGAUCACCUCUCAGGUCUUUGGAAAACUCAUUCAAGGUGAUCAUCAGCAACAGCAACAGCUGCUGCAGCAGCAACAACAACAGCAGGAACAGGGGGAGACUAGUAAUGAUGAAUUGGAGGACAGUCAUGAUCUUCGUGAGCACAUGGUUGGAAUACUGUUCAGUCGGAGUAAAUUGACGCAUCUUCAGAAACAGGUUUGUGCACACAUUGUUCAGGCGAUUCGAAAGGAAAGUGCACGACUCCGUGAGGAGUGGGAGAAUCUUUUAUGUUCACCAACUCCAAUUAACAGUCUUAUGAGUGACUCGAGUGAUAUUCAAAAAGCGUCGGACACUUAUUGCUUUGAAAUGUUGUCGAUGGUACUUGCGUUGAGUGGCAGUUCUGUAGGACGGAAUUACUUGUCACAUCAAUACGGUCUACUGAGGGAUCUGCUGAGUCUUCUCCAUACAGGCUCACCUCGAGUUCAGAGACAAGUGACAUCGCUGUUAAGAAGAAUUCUACCGGAAAUAAAACCAGAAUCGUUGGCUAGUGUAUUGAAUAUAGAGAGAUUACCGCCCACUGAUUUCAGUAUAAUAUCAGCAGUGAAUAAUAGUGAUUACUGCGGAGCUGCGGGUUUUGACGAGCACUCGCCGGGAAUUUUGGACGUUUUUCUGAGUUGCAUUGCAAAGGCAUUGACUGUUCAGGUGAAAGUUAAAGGGAAAGAGAACGGAAAAGCUCUGCAAACGAUAAGUCUAGCAACGAGUAUUCAUCCGAAGAGUUUCUUAGGCUCCAGGUGGUGGUUGCGAGGAUGCAUGACUCGAAAACUAGCUGAAGUGAUAAUCCAAUUGCUGAAGGACAUGGCGUCGGGAAAAUUGUCAGAUGCGUGGGCAUCAGUUACCAAAGCAGCGAUUGCUGAGAAUAUCUUGAAUUUGACGAGACUAGAUGAGAAGAUUCGAGAGCCUACGGAGUGCCUGAAGUCUCCGACAAUUUGGCUGGCGCUUUCAUCAUUAUGCGUUCUUGAUUCCGAUCAUGUGGAGAGGCUGUCCUCGGGACAAUGGAACACGAUGGACGGACAACCGCCACCGCCGAGGCCAACCUGCAGCAAUCACGACGAUGGCGAAACAACAGCUAUCAUUCAAUGCAACAUCUGCGGAAAUCUGUGCAGCGAUUGCGACAGAGUUCUUCAUCUCCACAGAAGAACGAGAGUGCACAUACGUCAGGUGUGCAAGGAGGAGGAGGAGGCAAUCAGGGUCGAUCUGCACGAGGGGUGCGGCAGAACGAAACUCUUCUGGAUUCUUGCCCUGGCAGACAGUCGAACGUUGAAAGCACUCAUUGAAUUUCGAGAUGGUGCACCGAGAAAAAGUGUCGGAGCAACUUCCGGUGUUUGUCGCUUCUGCGGAACGACAGGUAACACUGGACUUCUCGCCAUCGGCAACAUAUGCUCCGAUCACGAGUGCCAGGAACACGCGAAGAAUGCGUGCAGUAAAAUCCAUACUUGCGGACACAUUUGUGGCGGUGUCAGAAGUGAGAAGAACUGUUUACCCUGUCUUCACAGGUGUCAAUCAGACAGCACACAGUUGAAACAAGAUGCCGACGACAUGUGCAUGAUUUGUUUCACUGAGGCGUUAUCAUGUGCUCCAGCUAUUCAACUCCAGUGCGGACACGUUUUCCAUAUCCAUUGCUGCAGAAAUGUUCUGAUGAAGCGAUGGGUCGGACCGAGAAUAACAUUUGGCUUUUCGUUGUGCCCCAUUUGCAAAGUCUCCAUGGAGCAUCCAACAUUGACUGAACAUCUGACUAGUAUAAAGGAACUUUACACCGACGUAAGACGAAAGGCACUUAUGCGACUCGAGUACGAGGGUCUGCACAAGGCAGAGGCUGUCAUUGCACCUGGUGGUCGUUAUUAUCAGAAUCCAACGGCUUAUGCAAUGGAUCGUUACGCUUAUUACGUAUGUUACAAGUGUCAGAAGGCGUAUUAUGGGGGUGAAGCGAGAUGCGAUGCUCAGCUAGGUGGUGAAUCCUUUGAUCCCACCGAGUUGGUAUGCGGUGGAUGCAGUGACGUGGCAAGGGCUCAGAUGUGUCCUAAGCACGGAGCGGAUUUUCUCGAGUACAAAUGUCGCUAUUGCUGCUCAACAGCUGUCUUCUUCUGCUUCGGGACAACACACUUCUGCAAUCCCUGCCACGACGACUUUCAACGUGUCACGAAUAUUCCAAAGAGCGAACUACCAUCUUGUCCUGCGGGUCCUAAAGCAAAACAAUUGGAAGGUGACGAGUGUCCAUUGCAUGUUAAACAUCCGCCCACUGGAGAGGAAUUCGCCCUUGGUUGCGGCAUUUGUCGCAACGCUCACACCUUCUAAAUCUUCCUCAUGUGUCUCAUUGGAAAAAAGACUACGGAUGAGGCUAAAAUUAGCGUAUUAUUAAAAUAUAAAUGUAAUUACAGCUGUGGAAUUGACAUUGGAUUCAUUCAUCAAGUGUCGAUAAUAACGUCAUAGAAUUUUGUGUUCUGAGAGUCAUCGGUUUCUAUGUUGGUUUUUUUUUUUUGUGAUUGAGUACAUAAAUUGAACCGAAAACGUAUCGGCGUUGGACAAUUGAUCGUUUUCUAAGUGGGAAACAUUGGAAAAUUAAUUAGGAGUUAUAAAAAUUAUGUAUAAGGAACUGAGAACCAUUUUUGUUUAUUUAAAAAACGAAACAGCAGGAAAAAUCAUAGUCUGAGAGUAUGUGUCCAUUUUGUGAAUUAGAUCUCGAUGAAGCCGACGAUUAAUUGUAAAUCGUCCGGUUUCAACGUCAAAUGUCACUGUAUUUUCAAUUCCAAUCAUUUUUCAUUUUUAUUUUAUACUUUUCCAUAUGAACUUGGAUACGUCACCACGGCGUAUCGCUCAAUUAUUUACUUUUUAUUGAAUUAUACAGAAUAAAAUGGAGCCCGUAAUUUAAGAACUUUGCGUUGACUCGCAUGGAAUGUAUUUAUUGCAAUCGCAUUAUUUGUAAUAAA